AUAUAUGCACGCGCAUCUCCUCUCUAUAUAUCCCCUCCUCCCCCUCCCAUUCUUUCUCACUACUCACACCCCAUUUCCACACAACUUUCCCAUUUUACCCUCCCUCCCAAAUUGAAAGUGUUUGAGAAAAUGUCUAAUUUCCAGCGACAAAAAUGUCCUAAAGAGCAAAAAUACUCCACCUUCUCCGCCACCCUCCUCGACGAGAUCUAUCGUUCCAUCGAUCGGAUCGACGAGAACCCGAACGACCCGAGAACGUACCCGCAAGCCAGCCGGCUCAGCUUGAAGGGGGAUGUUGACAGCUUUUAUAAAAAAGCGCGUUUUGUGGAGACUUGGAUGGACCAAAAGGGAAUUAUUGAUGCUCCCAAAGUCCACAUCAAUAGGCCACUCUCAUCGUUGUUGCUCUCCAGCUACAACGACAAGAGUGACCCUUUCUUCUAUAGCUCUCGCUCGUCAGAGUCGAGUUCUAGCGGGCUUUCGUCCGAGACGAAAACGUCGUGUUUUAAUGCUCCGAGGCUCAGGCAGGUGAAAACGACGGCGGCGACGAGUCAGGAAAAGUCGCGAAACUCGUCGUCGCGCGGGGACGUGGACUUGAUGAUGGGGAUCAAGUCCAAGUCCGCCGCGCUGAAGAUGUACGCGAACCUGAAGAAGACGAAAGCGCCCGUCUCCCCGGGGGCCCGCCUCACCAGCUUCCUCAACUCGAUAUUCGCGGGCGGCGGCGCAGCCCGCAAGGGGAGGGGGUCGCCGCUGGCGGCGGCGCGGGCCGCGUCGCCGCCAGCGUCGCGGUCGUCCUGCCUGAGCAGGACGCCGAGGAUGAACAGGAGCGGGUCGAAGAGGACGGUGAGGUUCGACCCCGUGGGCGUGGUCGUCGGGGACGACUGCCGCCCCUGCGGGCACAGGCGCACAUACAGCCGCGAGUCUCCGGCGCCGGGAAACAAUCAAGAAAACAAGAAAUCUCAUCCGGCGGCAUUCUCCGGGGACAUUUCCAUGAAAAGCUACCAUAACCAUUACAAGAUAUGGAGGAAUGAGUCAUGGAUGAGUGCAGGGGAAGAAGAAGAAGAAGAAUACGAGGAUGAUCUGAGUGAUUCGAGUUCAGAUUUAUUCGAGAUCGAUCUCCGGGCACUGGUCGGAAAAAGAAGAUUCCGGGAAGAACUUCCGGUGUACAAGACGACUCAUUUUCCCGAUUCUAACCGGAUCAUUGCGUCGUCUACUGGCUUUGUAUGCUAAUAAUAAUAAUGAUAAUAAUAAUUUCUUCUAUUUCUGUAUAUAUCAAUAAACGGCCGGAAUAGUCAUUUUUAAUAUAUUUCAAAUUGAUGUGUAGUAGUAGUAGUAUGUGUAUAUGCUUUUGAUAAAAUAAAAAUGCUUUGGAAUAAUUAUAUCUUUAUUUGUUACUUUCGUUUUUCUCAAAAACUGCAAACUGAACAAUUCUUAGAUCUAAAGAAAAGUGGAACGCAAUG